AUGACGUUCAACUUAGUCGAACUUUUUGAACUUUUGGAAUAUAAAACAGACGGUCCGGUGUCUAUGAAUGUGAUUCUCAAGUUGCAAAGUUGGGGAUUAAUUGCUAACGAGAAUACACUAAAAUGUAACAAUGGCCAUUUUUUGAAGUUAUAUCCUUCUUCCGACGUUUGUGACGGAUUUGUGUGGCGUUGCAGAGAAUACACUGCAACGAGGAAACAAAAAAAAGUUAGAUGUGAAUAUACUCAGUCUUUGCGAAAAAAUAAAUUUUUUUGUAAAUCGCAUUUGUCACUGUACCAAAUUGUCAUAUUUUCAUAUUUAUGGGUUGAAAAUGUUUCUUUGGAAUUUUUAUCGAAACAAGUAAAAAUAUCGAAGUGUUGUGGUUGA